CGUGUCCGACGUGACGUGCGGUGUGGGCGUGGUUCUGGCUGUCUGUCAUGGCGGCGCCCAGUCCUGUCUGACAGCGCUGUGUGUGAGGUGACCCCCGGGAUCGGACACAGAGCGACAUGGGAACCGUGCAGGCCCGGGUACAGCGGGGAGAGCGGGCCGGGGGAGGGCCGCGGGGGGGGGAGGGCUGCAGGGUGACCUCUCCGGGGCCUGAGGGCAGUAAGGGGUUAAUAUCGCUGACACCGGGCACCAAGGGGUUAAUAUCACUGUCACCGGGUCAGUAAGGGGUUAAUAUCACUGACACCGGGCCAGUAAGGGGUUAAUAUCGCUGACACCGGGUCAGUAAGGGGUUAAUAUCGCUGACACCGGGCACCACGGGGUUAAUAUCACUGUCACCGGGUCAGUAAGGGGUUAAUAUCACUGACACCGGGCCAGUAAGGGGUUAAUAUCGCUGACACUGGGUCAGUAAGGGGUUAAUAUCACUGACACUGGGUCAGUAAGGGGUUAAUAUCACUGACACCGGGCAGUAAGGUGUUAAUAUCACUGACACCGGGCACCACGGGGUUAAUAUCACUGACACCGGGUCAGUAAGGGGUUAAUAUCACUGACACCGGGCAGUAAGGUGUUAAUAUCACUGACACCGGGCACCAAGGGGUUAAUAUCACUGACACCGGGCACCACGGGGUUAAUAUCACUGACACCGGGCCAGUAAGGGGUUAAUAUCAGACACCGGGCAGUAAGGGGUUAAUAUCACUGACACCGGGCACCACGGGGUUAAUAUCACUGACACCGGGCACCAAGGGGUUAAUAUCACUGACACCGGGCACCAAGGGGUUAAUAUCACUGACACCGGGCACCAAGGGGUUAAUAUCGCUGACACCGGACACCAAGGGGUUAAUAUCGCUGACACCGGGCACCGCGGGGUUAAUAUCGCUGACACCGGGCACCACGGGGUUAAUAUCGCUGACACCGGGCACCACGGGGUUAAUAUCGCUGACACCGGGCACCACGGGGUUAAUAUCGCUGACACCGGGCACCACGGGGUUAAUAUCGCUGACACCGGGCACCACGGGGUUAAUAUCGUCACCACGGGGUUAAUAUCGUUGACACCGGGCACCACGGGGUUAAUAUCGUUGACACCGGGCACCACGGGGGUUAAUAUCGCUGACACCGGGCACCACGGGGGUUAAUAUCGCUGACACCGGGUCAGUAAGGGGUUAAUAUCGCUGACACCGGGUCAGUAAGGGGUUAAUAUCACUGACACCGGGCACCACGGGGUUAAUAUCACUGACACCGGGUCAGUAAGGGGUUAAUAUCACUGACACCGGGCACCACGGGGUUAAUAUCACUGGCAUCGGUAGAUGUCUACAUGUAAGGCAGGCAGGUAAGAUGAAGUUUCCAAAACAAUUUAUUAGAGAUAAUCUAAAAUCAGGAUACAAACAAAAGCAGUGUGUAAUAAGGAUAUACACUAUUGCAAGAAGUCCUUAUAAAAUAUACAGCAAACGCGUUUCGACAAAAGUCUUCCUCAGUGCCAUGUUGAUAGAUAUUAGUUGUUGAUAGAUCUAAUUUAAGUCCCCAGAACACUUCAAGCAUUAUAUUAUUCCAAUUGUGGGCAUGAUUACCCACUUAUAAUACGGAUGCCGCAGCACUUCCUAUCAAAGAGAGACUUGAUCAAUACUAGACUGGAAAUGACGUCACAACGACGGCAAACUGACGCACAAACGUGACCGGAAGUGACACGGGACCUGGAAGUAAACCGACAUAUCGGUGGGUGAAUUGAUUUCGGCAAUCAACUAAAUCAUACAAAAGGAGAGCAGUCAGCAUCUAUCAACAUGGCACUGAGGAAGACUUUUGUCGAAACGCGUUUGCUGUAUAUUUUAUAAGGACUUCUUGCAAUAGUGUAUAUCCUUGUUAUUACACACUGCUUUUGUUUGUAUCCUGAUUUUAUAUUAUCUCUAAUAAAUUGUUUUGGAAACUACAUCUUGCCUGCCUGCCUUACCUGUAGACAUCUACCAAAGCCAGUACUGGCACCCUGAAGCCGAUAAUUUAUUUUAUUAUAUUCACAACCACUGGACACUGUGUUAAGUGUGUGUGUGUAUUUUUUUUUUAUAUAUAAUACACUUUUUAUUCAUUUUUGACACGGUGUUGUCUAUAUGAAAUAGUGGUUUUACUUCUGUUUUCCUUUAUUAAUAUAAAUAUAUAACUGGAAUAGCAUGUAUUCCUGACACUAUAGCGUUAAAACCACCAUCUAGCCCUGCUAACUAUAGUACAAUUACUUUUGUUCAAGUCUGCAGCCGCUGGCUCUGCCCCUGAUCUGCCUGCUUGGCUGACAUUAUCAGAAGUGAUACUCUGAGUUUAUCACAAUGCUUUCUCAUGGGAUUGGCUGAGACUGUCAAGGAGGCAGAUCGGGGGCAAAGCCAAACACAGCCCUGGCCAAUCAGCAUCUCCUCAUAGAGAUGCAUUGUAUCAAUGCAUCUCUAUGAGGAAAGUCCAGUGUCUCCAUGCAGAGGGAGGACACACUGAAUGUCAGUGCUGCGCACUAGUAGCCAUCUGAGAAGUGGCCAGUGGAAUUAUCACUAGGCUGCAAUGUAAACACUGCAUUUUCUCUAAAAAGACAGUGCUUACUGCAAAAAGCCUGAAGAUAAUGAUUCUACUCACCAGAACAAAUACAAUAAGCUGUAGUUGUUCAGAUGACUUUUUUGUCCCUUUAAACUACAAUAAAUGUUUUUAGAAACCAGUCUAUAUAAAUGACACGUUGUUUCCUCCACUAAAUGCCAAGUUUAGAAAUUCAGACUAAAAUAUCCAAACAUGUUUUAGCUAAGUUGGAGAAUUUCUCCACAUGACCACUUUUACCAGCCUUGUUUUGGAGUAAAAUGUGCCCUUUUCUUAUAAAAGAAACAUAACAAUUCUCUGUUUGGUGAUUAAACCUGAUUGUUUAUGAGCUUCUUUCUAUGGUAGUAAGCCAAUCACAUGGUACAUUUACAGAGAGUGAUAGAGCUGAGACUUUUGCAUAGAUGAUUGUAGCUGGGUUUACAGAGAGACGAUGUGCUGUCAACAUCGAUAUUUAUGGCAGUCUGUGUGUGAUGCCACAGUAAGCAUUGGUUUGUUGGUGGCAUGCGUAUGUUCUUCACUGUUUCCAUUGGUAAAUAUAUAUACUGUUUUAUGGCUGCAGAGUUUGGAUCCGCUGCCUAUGAGUGGUCCUGAUUUUGGAUCAUCUGGAGAUGAUGCUGAUCUCGUGGAAGUGGAACCACAGAAAAGGCAAGAAAUUCUAGAAAACAAAGAUGUAAGUAUCUUCAGUUUCUACUUAUUUAUUUGUCAGAGGGACGCUCCACACACCUAAAGCAGUUUGUAUCCUUGCCCAGAGCACCUGCCUUGCAAACACUUCUUGUUGAGGUGCAUUGGGAAGUCUAUGAUUUGACAGCCACAGAAAGUGGAGUUAGAUGCUAAUGUGCAUGUGAAAUCACAAUGGAUUCUGAUUUUUUCUUUUUUUUCUUUAAAGGGAUAUGCUAAGCACCAAAAAAACUAGUGUAAUUAAGCAGUUUUGGUGUGUCGAUCAUGCCCUUGCCAUCUCGCUACUCAAGUCCCUGACAUUUAAAGGUUGAAUCACUUUUGUUUCUGUUUAUACAGCCCUAGCCACAGUGUUCUUUCAAGGUCAUAGGAAAAGGAAAACUGAAAUAAAAUGAACAUGACAGUUCCACUUUAAGUGAACACUAUAGUCACCAAAACAACUUUAGCUUAAAUUAAGCAGUUUCGGUGUAUAGAUCAUGCCCCUGCAGUCUCAAUACUCAAUUAUCUGCCAUUUAGGAGUUAAAUAACUUUUGUUUCUGUUUCUGCAACCCUAGCCACACCUCCCCUGGCUGUGACUGACACAGCCUGCAUGGAAAAAAAGAGAAAGUUUAAUUGUCAACCAGAUGUUACGAAUUUUAAAAGUGGUUAUCCCCUGCUCUGUAAAUUGAACUUUAAUUACAUACGAGAGGCUCCUGCAUGGUCUAGAAAGCUAUUAGCAGAACAGAAGAUAAUACAUUCUAAAUUUAAACAGAAUUUGUAAAUAAAGGAAGUGUAAACAUUAGGUAACUAUUUACAGGAAGUGUUUAGGGAGGCAGUGUAAGUAUCAUGCAGGGAGAUGUGACUAGGGCUGCAUAAACAAAGUGAUUUAAAGGGACGCUAUAGUCACCAGAACAACUACUAAUGUAGUUGUUCUGGUGAGUAUAAUCAAUGCCUUCAGGCAUUUUAAUGCAAACACUGCCUUUAGAGAGAAGGCAUUGUUUACAUUGCCCCUAGGGACACCUCCAAGUGACCACUCCUCAGAUGGCCACUGGAGGUGCUUCCUGGCACAGUAGGUAGCACUGCCGUUCCGCAUCUACACGCUUUGCUUGGGGACGCAGAAUUUUCCUCAUAGAUGCAUUUAUUCAGUGCACCUCUAUGAGGAAGUGCUGAUUGGCCAAAACGGUGUUUGGCCCCGCUCCCUUGCUGAUUUUAGCCAAUCCAAUGCUUUCCCUGUGGGAAAGCAUUGGAUUGGCUAAAAAUCGGAAAAUCUGAUGAUGUCACCAAGGGGCGAAGCUAGCGCUGGCCGACCCGCACGGCGCUGGAAAUAAGGUGAGUUUUAAUUCCUUUUAAGGGGGCUAAGUGGGGGGAAAGCCACCUAAAUAGUGGGUUAAACUUUAUAGGGUCAGGAAUACAUGGUUGUGUUCCUGACCCUAGAGUGUUCCUUUAACUGUUAAAUUACAGAGAAUUGAGCAGUGAGGCUGCAGUAGCAUGUUCUGUACACCAAGAGCACUUCUUUAUUAAGAUAAAAAAAUUUUGGUGACUGUAGUGUCCCUUUAAGCCAAAUAGUUAUCGCCUCUCUCUUAUCUAUUCUCCCAACUUUGCAAUUUUGUCUGACAGACAUUUUAAGCACCAUCACAAGUUUACAUUAAUGCAAAGUUGAUAAUGCAGAGAGUACCUGUGCUGGAAUGGCCUAGAACUGCAGCAAUUUGUAAAAAUCCCACAGCUAUAAGCCAGUCUCUGAGAGCUGCCAAACUGGCAAUAAAAGUUCUUGCUGUCUAAACCACAACUUUUUACUAGGUAUAUAAGCACAGUGAGCACAAAUCAUGCACGACUUGGUCUGAGCUCACUGCUCCACAGAGAGAGCCGUUGGCAUUAAAAUUAAAAAAUGUGGGUGAAAAUAAAUAUACAAAUUCUCAAAUCAUUAUCUUUACAUAUUAUUAAAAUUAAUUCUUAUGAAUGUUUCAAAAUUAUUUUUGCUCCCAUCCUUCCCCAAACUUUUUUAAAUUUAUUUUUAUUUUUGCGUGAUCCUAUUUGGAUAUACAUACAGAAGAAGAAUUUUUUUUAUUUUUAUUGCUAUGGUAACCUGUAAUUGUGUUGUAUUAUAGUGGUUUGUUUGAAUUAAUAGUUUCAUUGGAUCAUAUCACUUAUUAAUUGGAAUGCUAUAUAUUCACUGUGUGCAUAUUGAGAGCCAGGCUUGACAAAGACUAACGUGGUUGAAACGUUGACUGGUCCAUCCGUGGUGAUGGAAUAAAGUUCACUUUGUAAAAUAUUUACUAUUGUGGUUUUAUCCUGUGUGAUGAGCAGACCUGCUCCUGGGUUGUUAAGGACUUCAUAUCUCACUAAAAGCUGCUGAAUAGGUGUUUCACGAUAAGUAUAUCAUAUUUGUUUAAUUUGUUUUGUAUUUUUUUUCAUGCAUUAUUUAUGUAUUGCAUUAAACAUAGAUAAUCAUUUUCGUAUCAUGGUUACUCUUUUACCAUUGCAAUUCCCUUAUUGGUUUUCCACAAUCUAAUUUGGGUUAAUAAAUAAGCCCUUAUGUCAUUGGAGGUUGUAGCUCUGGCAAGCUCUCGCAGGGCUUGGUCAAGAUAUAGCGUUACGCUUUAACGCUCCCAGCUCCCAGCAGUAAGGGAUGUAAAGAUCAUUCUCCUUCCUGGAAACAUAUUUUUUGGAGGGAGGAGGGAGAAAGGAUGCCUCUUUGUGAUGAGCUUUACAUUCUUAUACGAUUAUUCAGACAUCAACUAAAAAGUUUGUUCUAAGUUAUUAUGUUAUUAUUCAUUAGCAUUUGAAAUGCAUUGUUGUGAUUGCUUACAUUGACAGCAUACCAGGUGUUUACUCUGGCUAUGCAUCAUGGGAAGUGUAGUCCACUUAGGUCAUCCACUACUGAUGUAUAAUAAUCACCUGUGCACAAACGUGAAAUAAUUUCAUUAACCCAAAUCUUCUACUCUUAUCGUAAGAUUGUGGUACAGCAUGUCAACUUUGAAGGGCUUGGAAGGACGAAAGAUGACCUUGUUAUGUAUGAAAUUGCUGAUGUCUUUAAGGCGAAAAAUCUUAUUGAUGUGAGUAUUCCAGAGGUGCUCUAUUUGAAGUUUAAAGUGGUACUUUAAAUCAAGUAUGAAGAUCAAUAUAUACAUAUUACUGCACUAUAGCAGAUUUUUUUAUAUUUUUAAUCUAGUUAGUGGUGCACAUUUUACUAAACUAUGUUCUACAGUUUGAAAAAAAAACAAAACAGCGCCAGAUAGAGGCCAAAAAAAGUCCCUCUCUGGAGUUGUAUUGGUUGUAGGGUAUUAGGGCAUAACCCAAGGAUAAAGUGAGUAACACGAAACGAGACCAGAGUGGGUUAACUGGAACAGCGCUCCCAAUUAAAUUGCUCUGUCUAUAUGUAGCAAAAGAGUGCCAUUCCUAGAGUGCAGAUGAACUAAAAAGUAAAUAUCUUUAUUAAUCCCUCUUAGGGAAAAUCAACCAAAAUAAUAGUACAAGUGAAAAAAAACCUGAAAAGUGGUUAAAAAAAUAAAUAAAUAAAAAAUAUAUAUAUAUAAUGGUAAAAACAGAGCAGUCUGUCUAUUUACAAAGCGUUUUACCCUCACAGACUGUACAAGACUCUUGGCUAAUAUAGAGUAGUCUAGCUGAGAUACAUUGUUGCAGAACAGCUUGAAAGUAGUAACAUGUUCUUUAGCCAGCUGUAUGCACUGAGAGGUAAGAAUUAGGGAAAGUAACAGUGUAUCCCCUAGUCAGUGUAUUGGAUAGCAUGAGUCCUUGGAGCCAUGUGCCUAUAGUUGCACAUGUAGUGAUUAACUUUCAUAUGCUAUCCCCCGAGGGUAAAGAAAAAGAGAGAGAACAUUAGAUAUAGGGCUAACAGGGGUUUACCUACAACUGCAAGGUCUAAUGAUAGAGGAGUACUGGGGAGGAAUAAGGCAGUAUAGACCCAACUAACAAAAGGUCGGAAAAACUAGCCCAACAUAAAAUCCUAAAUCCCCAAUUAGAUACUCCAUCAAAUCCCAAAUAGUAGCUAAGGCAAUGCUGCAUAUAGUAUGGGUAAGCGGUGAUGAGUAAAUCCGACUGGAUAAUAACAGAAGAAAAAAGAAAAACCUUUGAGAUACUUUUAACACCUAUACCCAUAUAGAGCAGACAAAUGCUUAAAUCAAAAGGUCAUAGUUAAAAGUUUGUAUAGCACACCCUUAGUGUACUGCAUGUGGGGUAGGAUAUUAGGGUAUAGUAAAAGUGAGGUUCCGAUCUGUUACAAAAGGCUAGCUGUGCAUAAAUAAAUGCUAAUAUGCCAUCCCCGGUAGCGCAGAACUUCACACUGUCCCUAAAGAACAUUAACUCCAAUAGCCCCAGCCCUAGUCAUACAAAGACCUAGAGAGCCCCCCUGCCCAGAAAAUAACAGACUUGGUAGUGCUAGUCCAAGAUAGACUGCAUAGUAGAAAUGGUUACGCUCAACGCGCGUUUCGGUGCCAACAUGCGCCUUUGUCAAGAGCUCAUGUUCUAUGUUCUACAGUUUAAGCCUAAACAGAUAUUGUGAUUUUAUUGUAUGACAUCACUUGUUUCUAUAUCUACUGAUUUCAGUUCGUAUGAAGGGGAGCUCUGUGCAUUGCCGUUCUGCUAUGUUAAUAUCUGUUUAUAAAUCUGUGGUUUAUUAUAUAUAUAUAUAUAUAUUUUUUUUUUUUUUUAAUUACAGUGUACCUGUAAAAAAUAUAUAUAUAUUAUUUUUUACAUGUAGUGUUUUUAGGGCUUCUGGGACUUAAAUGCCAUAGAAUUGUAUUUAUACAUUGGGCAAGCUAGUAUAUUAUAAAUAACUUUGACACUUCUAUUCUCCCGGGUUAGAGGUAUAAAUUACAGGAAUGCUGGCCAGGGAGGCCUUUCAGAAAUCUCACAGUUAAUUCAACCCAAUCCCAUAAUGCUUAGCGCACACUUCACCAAACAUGUCAGUAUGCAACAUUAAUUGCACUAUAAUAAUCUGUACAUUAAUCUUUUGAUUGUUUUAUUUAUUUAUUUUUUUAUCCCAUAACUUCAGGUUAUGAGAAAAUCCCAUGAAGCCAGAGAGAAGUUGCUUCGCAUGGGGGUGUUUCGGCAGGUGGAAGUCCUGAUUGACACCAGUGAAGGUAAGAAAUGACACGAUACCAUAACAUGUAGCUUGACUCCUUUUCAUGACCUCCUUUAAACUGAUAUGUCUCAUGUAUGUGCUACUGAAUGACAGCUGUAACAUAGUUGGAGGAAAUACGUGUAGCGCUAUUUUAGCGUCUUUCCUACUUUUCAAAAGACUGUGCAAAAUAAAAAGGUUUAGUUCGUGUUUGAUGUUCCUGUUGCAGAACAGGUAACACAGCGCAGCCAGUCCCCUCGUGCAGCGCCUGACACAGCGCAGCCAGUCCCCUCGUGCAGCGCCUGACACAGCGCAGCCAGUCCCCUCGUGCAGCGCGUGACACAGCGCAGCCAGUCCCCUCGUGCAGCGCGUGACACAGCGCAGCCAGUCCCCUCGUGCAGCGCGUGACACAGCGCAGCCAGUCCCCUCGUGCAGCGCGUGACACAUCGCAGCCAGUCCCCUCGUGCAGCGCGUGACACAGCGCAGCCAGUCCCCUCGUGCAGCGCGUGACACAGCGCAGCCAGUCCCCUCAUGUGAAAGUGCCGAAGAUGUCACACAGUGCGGUAAAUUUCCUUGUCAAUCACACAUGUGCAUAAUGCAGGCAAACAUGUAGCUCUCACAGAGAUUGAUUGGAGCACUGUGCGUGUACACUCAUAAACACACGUUCAGUGCUUUCCUUAAUUCAUAUCAACGGAAGGCAGUUGCUUGUCUUCCAACUGAUUAUUCCUUUACUUGUACACAAAAAGCUGAACAUAUAUACAGAUCCUGCACCUUUACUAUUCUUAAUGGUGACCUCUGUUCCAUCCCUGAGAAGACACUCCGUUUCCACUUUAAUUUUCAGGUGAGGAUGCUCUUCCCAAUGGCUUGGACGUCACGUUUGAGGUUAAAGAACUGAGAAGGUUAACUGGGAGCUACAAUACCAUGGUUGGCAAUAAUGAGGGCAGCAUGGUAAGGUUGUGGAGUUCUGUGAUCUUCUAAUAUUCUGCAUCUCAUUGAAGAGACGAUGAGCGGUUACCUCGCAGGAUGCCGUCCAUAAGUGACCUCCUUAUUUAGUAGAAUGGAUUUGAGCUGUAGAUUGCACUAGCUAAAUUCAAAGCAAAUGUAGAAAUGCACAGAACAAAAUCAUUUCUCAAUUUUUUUUUUUCCUCUCCUGAUUCCUUUUUUUUUUUUAUAAAGCAUCUGUCACCUCCACCAAAAAACAAAUAAGCAUUUCAGAUAGAUAGAAACUAUAUGAAAUUCUUAUAAAGACUGUGUUGAAAUUUCAACGUGGUAAAAAGAUUUUAUAAAUCAAAGUAGGGACUAUUUUGUCUUUAGUUAUUUUCCAAAGCUUGACAAAAAAGAUGGAGUUACCUAUGUCAAGCUUGGUCAUGGCCUCAGCCGUCCUGCGUGAGUGUACAGCAAUGACGUGGGCUGCCGGCAGGUGAAAUGGCAGGAGCUGAACAGGAAGCAUCGGAUCAAGAUGGCAGCAACCCCUGAAAUUUGAAUUCCUUUUUAAUUCCCACCAAUGCUCACUUUACUGAACAAUCCUGGGAUUCUUGGCCACUUUGUAUAGUCAUUUACGAUUUACAAAAACAUUUUACUAAAUGAUUGUAAAAAGGUUGUAUAAAAUUGUAAUAGUUCUAUUUGGUAAGGUUAGAGCAUUAUCCCAUGUAAUACAGGAAUUCACCGCUGUCCUUAUUAUUGGAAAAUAAAAUGUACCUGCUUUGUAGGUUCUUGGGCUGAAACUUCCCAAUCUCUUUGGUCGUGCUGAGAAGAUGACCUUCCAGUUCUCUUACGGAACAAAAGAAACCUCUUAUGGUCUGUCUUUCUUCAAACCUCAAGUUGGCAAUUUUGAAAGAAAGUAAGUUGGUGCCCUGUUUUAAAAGGUUUUGCUCACUGACCGGUUGCAUUUUACCUUUGUUGCUAAAUAGCAAAAAGAAAAUUCAUAAAUACACCUCAUUGGAGGCUUCUUAAGCUGUUAUUGAUCAAUCAAGCAGUAUAACCGUUCUGAUCAAUAUACACACCGUAAUUAUUAUAUGAUUGUAGAAUGUGUCCCGCUUGUGGGUGCUUUCUAAGACAAAUGAUUCAAGAUAGAUCUCCUUAAAAAGAUGGCUUUGUUUGUUGUGUUGUUCGUCUUGAUUGACAACACUGUGAAAUGGUCUUUGGGGCUGCUGAAAGGGAAGUGUGAUGAUACAAGCCAUCAUGGGUAUUCAGUAGCCAAGGGACAACAUGAAUGAAAUCUCAAAAAUAGGAUGUGGGAGAGGGGAAAAUAAUAUAGGAUUGGAGCCUGAAUGUGGGGCAUGUAUAGGUUUAUCUAUUUAAUUAAUCUGCUCCCUUACUUAAACAGCCCUUUCAAUUCAGUCCUGAAAAUCACAUAGCAGAAUAAAUACGGAUUUUCUACAAAAACAUAGUGAGGUUUGAUUAUCUGGAUCUGCAUAACUUUAAAUCUACGUGCUGCAUUAUAGGGGGUCAUGGCACACCCCUGUGUGAGCUAAAGUAGCUGAGCAAGUUACACAUAUAGUUUGUAGUUUUAUUUCUCCCAAAUAGUAUAACGAAAAGAAAUGCUUGGGGGCAACAUUAAACUAAAUCUUGUAUUUUUUCUGCAUCUCUGGUAUGUUUUUAGUCUGUGAAAUACUGUAAAGUUUUUGUUUGAUUUUUAACUUGUUUUGUAUUUAUUUAUUUUUUUUGUAGUUUUUCUGUCAACUUGUACAAAGUUACUGGUCAGUUCCCCUGGAGCUCAUUGCGAGAGACUGAUCGUGGCAUCUCUACUGAAAUCAGUGUAAGGAACAGACUUUUUAAGUAAAUACAGAGAACCCCUUUAUUUCCUCCUCCUUAUUGGAAGCCAUUGCUUGAAUGACUUAGCCUGACAUACAUUGUCCACAUUUACCAACAGUUCCCUAUAUGGAAAACCAGCCAUACAUUGAAAUGGGAGGGGGUUUGGCGUGAACUCGGCUGUUUGGCAAGAACGGCAUCUUUCGCCAUCCGGGAAGAAAGCGGACACACUCUCAAAUCGUCUCUAUCUGUAAGGAGACAUUCCUCAUUUCAUGAAACCACACAUGAAGCCAACGCCUUUCAGAGUGUCACUAAUCACUGAUUUCUGCUCUGUUUUAGCACUCAAUGGUGAUAGAUUCUCGUAAUUCUUCAAUUCUGCCAAAGAGAGGGGCCUUGCUGAAAAUCAACCAGGUACAAGCCGCCGUUACACUGUAUAAAUAAUCCCAAGCAAACUGCUGUGGGUUCGAUUUGCCUUGUACUAGUGUAAAUACAUGCUCUAGGCUCACUAACCAGAGCCCCAAGUAGAAUUACAAGAUCAAUCCAGAUAAGCUUGUACAUAGGUUGGUUGCUCCUUGAAUAGUGCUGCUCUGUAGUACAGGUGAUGUGCUGCAGUUUGGAGAACUCCUUCCUGUGGGAUUCCUGUUUGGUUUAUGAAUUGGUUUGCUUGCUUUAACAUGGAAGUUGUACACAUUGCAGGGCAGCUCCUGGUCUGCUGUGAAGCAGGAUUCACGACAUCCGGCUUCUGCAGAGCUGCACGUACAGACUCCAGGCACCAUGACCACCUAAAUUACCGAAACUCACUUUUAGCUCUGAUGAUUAUGUGUGAUCGUUCGAUCAUGUUUUCCAGUAUGGGAAUAAACAUUGUUUUCUCAUGCCUCUGGAUUGUUUACAGAGCCCCAUGUUUUUUUUGGGGGGGGGAGGGGGGACAUGUUUUAGUUAUCCCCAGUGAAGGGAUAAGAUGGUUUGACAGUACUUAUGCCUGUUUCCAUAGUAACCCAUGAAUGCUUCUUUGCAGGAAUUGGCUGGGUAUACAGGGGGAGAUGUCAGCUUUUUGAAAGAGGACUUUGAACUGCAACUGAAUAAACAGCUUUCCUGGGAUUCUGUGAGUACUUCACCCUUUGUACUACACCACAGAAAUGUUGGUGUAUUAUAAAUCUAACGAUGCCAGGUUCUUGUGUGGUUGGUACAUUUGGAACAGAGGGAAUGACUUCACAACUCUCAUGUAAAUUACUUGUAACUGAGAAAACUUUUAUUUUAAUAUUUUUGCACAUUACACAGACAUGUAUUUUGUGCACACAAAAAUGCAUCAAUCAGGUUGUUUAUUUUGUGAACUUUUAUUGUGAUUCCUGUGUUUUAUGUGUGAGUAUUAGUGCAGUGCUUGUAACAGUAGAUCUCCACAUUGGAACUGACAUUCCCUAAUAUAUUGCACUAGGUACUGUCUACAUCCCUAUGGGGUGGAAUGCUGGUCCCUAUUGGAGACAGACCAUCCAGUAUCGCUGAUCGGUGAGUAUUGCAGCACUGUCUGCAGUCUGAUUCUGUAUCUUGUUUAUAUUUACAAUAACAAGAAUGUGACUUGUGUAAAGUAAUAAAAGUAUAAUUCUGAGUGCUUUGAAAAUGAAAUGCUGAGAAACAUUCUAACACAUUAAUCCUUUGCCAAGCUCUGCAUUUUCUGAAAACCAUAAAACCAUCAUAGAAAGUUAAGGUAAUAAAGGUCUUAUUCACCGUAGGGUUUCACUUGUAUCCUCCUUGUUAAACGGCCUCUCAAACCACCAUCACACCUGUAUGGCUGAAACACUGGCAGGGUUCAGCAUUUACCCCUUAAGGACACAACUUCUGGAAUAAAAGGGAAUCAUGACAGAAUAUUUCCAUCAUGUGUCCUUAAGGGGUUAAACUUGGAAAUGAAAUCUCAAAAUCAUGGCAACAGCAGGUUUAAAAAAACAAUUCUCCAACUUGGCAAUGGUCAUAGCUUGACUAUUUUAGUCUUCAUAUUGCAGUUCAGACAUUGGCCUUGAUUGGAAAUUGUUUAUAAAAAAAAAUCAUUUGAAAAGCUUAUCCAGAUAUCUGUAAAAUUGAGGCCUUAAUUUGCUCAAAUUCAGAGUUAGGUGUAUAACACGUCCAACUUGGACUGAGAAAGCCAAACCGCGGUCCAUGCGUGAUCUGCGUCCGAUCAAUGUGAACCUUGGGCUUUCUGGAAACUGGUAGAAGCUGUGUUUAUAUCCUCAUUGUGUUCACUCACUUCUUACCCAGUGAAUUAAAACGUUUAUUUUUCAGGUUUUACCUCGGAGGACCAACAAGCGUACGAGGCUUUAGUAUGUACAGCAUUGGGCCGCAAAGUGAAGGUAUGUCUUGUAGCACAAUUUGUUGGCAUUAUAUACAGAAUAUCAUUGGUUAAUAAUAUAAAUUAAUAAAUAUAUAUCAUCAAUUAAUAAUGUGAACAAAAGGAGCCAGUUUUCUGGAUGUAUUCAUCCUGAGAGGAUAGGAUUCAAAAAAGCACAUUACUGAUAACAAAAGGGUUGGACUCUGAAAGCAGUUACUAAAUAUGACCAGUAGGAGGCACAGUUCUACUGUUUAUUAUUAGUUACAGUUUCAGUUUCCUACUUUAUAAUCUACAUUUUGUUUUAGGCUGAGAAUAAUAUAUGUUGCAAAAAUAACAAUUCAUCUUUUAUAUAUGAUUUACAGUGCACUUAUAUUUCUUAUUUUCUUCAAUGUAAAGACGUCUGUAUUUUAAAAUGCCAUGUUCCUAUAUAUUUGUGGAAAUGAAGGGGUCAAUGUUUGUCCUAAUUGUAUUACAAGUAGCCUGUUGAUCCAGUUUUUUUUUUUUUUGGGAGAUGCAACGUAUCCCUGCAGACGUAGCUCUAGUCUAGUGAUGACAGGUCUGUCCGAGUUGCCACUUUGAUUUAUUUAACCCCUUAAGGACCAAACUUCUGGAAUAAAAGGGAAUCAUGACAUGUCAUGUGUCCUUAAGGGGUUAAAGGUCUUGUGGCUCCUAGACGCAGUAUUAAGCAUUUUUAGCAUGUUUAAUAAAAUGAUUCAGAUCUUUUCUCAGUAGUUUUACAACUGAAUAAAUAGAAAUGUCUAAAAUGUUUAAUCUGUAUACUUUCUCUAAGCCAUAUAACUACCGCCUAGAUUUAGAAACCCAUGGAUAAAAUAUGAUACGGUUGUAGAACAAUUUCUUCCAGAGUUUGUGGAAGGUGUCCAGAAGUCCUGAAUCUUGUGCUCACAAAAUCAUAGUAAAUAUCAUCCCAACAAAGCUCAAAUGAGGUUAUUCACAAACUGGCAAAACCGAGGUUAAAAUAGCUGAUUUGGAAUAAUUCUUUAUACCAGCUAUAGUGAUGGCACUGCUAUUUUAGCUUCAAUUUUGGUAUUUUGAGUUAAUUGCUAAAAUUCAUUGUUUAGCAAAAAACCCAUUAAUGGAUAAAAAUGGCAGAUUUUACAUUAUAGUGACUUAAUGAUCAUCAGUGAUGAUGUGGAAAUAAUCUGCUUGAAAUGUACGUUUUUUUUUUUGUUUUUGUUUUUUUUUUUAAACUUUAUUUUACAGGUGAUUACCUGGGAGGAGAAGCCUAUUGGGCGGGAGGUGUUCACCUGUACACCCCUUUACCUUUCCGUCCUGGUCGUGGAGGAUUUGGCGACCUUUUCAGAACACAUUUCUUCCUUAAUGCCGGCAACCUCUGCAAUCUAAAUUAUGGUAAAUUUUAAUAUAAUUUAUUUUAUUUUUUUAAUUGUUUUAUAUUGUGUAUUUUGUAAAUGUGUGGCUUCUACAGCAUCUUUCUCAGCAUCCAAAGCUAGAUCUGUGUGCUGUACUGGACCCCGUAAGAUUGACACCACUGUCUGUCUAUGGAUUACUGGCUUUUACAUUGGGAUCUUUUAAUGUGUACCUGAGAUGCAUUGAAUCAUGGGAAGAUUAUACUACAUUGACAAGUAGUGAUGUCCCGAACGGUUCGCCGCGGACUCAUCAUUGAGUAAACUUUGACCCUGUACCUCACAGUCAGCAGAAACAUUCCAGCCAAUCAGCAGCAGACCCUCCCACCUCCUGGACAGCAUCCAUUUUGAAGCUGCAUUCUUAGUGAGCUGUCCAGGAGGUGGGAAGGUCUGGGAGGGAGGGUCUGCUGCUGAUUGGCUGGAAUGUGUCUGCUGACUGUGGUACAGGGUCAAAGUUUACUCAAUGAUGAGUCCGCGGCGAACCGUUUGGGACAUCACUAUUGACAAGGCAUCAUGGGAACAUUGGAGACACCUACCACUGAUUUGGUGCAGUGGAGGCAUCUGUGUGGUGAACCUGUUUCGCUGCACACAUCCCCCUAGAACGCCCUUCAACAAUGGGUAUAGGGGUCAAUAAAAUGACCGUUCCUCUCUAAAGGUUAUGGAGUUGUGCUAGAAUGCUCUCUUUUUUUCUAAUGAAUCUCCACUCCACAGGAGAGGGACCGAAAGCUCAUCUCCGCAGGUUGGCUGAAUGCAUACGCUGGUCAUACGGAGCUGGGAUAGUUCUUCGCUUGGGAAACAUUGCCAGACUUGAGCUGAAUUACUGCAUCCCAAUGGGUGUUCAGAGUGGAGACAGGUAUACCGUCUUGUUUCGUGUGACUGUUUUAGCAGAUACAUUUUUUUUAAUUCUUUGGCAAUGUGGAGCGUAAGCCUAAACUGCUUGCGUAGUGUUAUGACAAUAUUUUAUAUUUCACUGUAGAACUUGUUAAUCGUCGUAAUUCUCGCUCUUAUAUUUUCAGAAUAUGCGAUGGGGUACAGUUUGGAGCUGGCAUAAGGUUCCUCUGAAUUAUGGAUGAACAAAUCUCAUCUGAAUGAAAUCACAGCACUAUAUGGAUAUUGCAAUUAUUUUUUUCUUAACAUUUUAAGAUAUUCUUUGUCUACUAUAUUUUCUGCGUCUGUUUGUACCAACUACUGCAUUAUAAAAAGAAACCGCAGGAUUAUCACUUGUGUGUUAUUUGAUUUGAUUUCAGUCUUCAUUAUAAUAUCACUGCUCUGAUCUAGCUCGCUACCCGAAUAUUGUUCCAUAUAUUAAACCUUGAG